GGGAGAAGGAGAGAAUGUACGUGACAAGACCUCGGUCUCUGUACAAAAGGAAUCCCGAAGCUCUUGGGAAUCAGCCAGAGGGACCAAAUUCAGGAUACUUAGUACUUCAAGAUGAAGAAGCUGAGACCUACGGAUGUUUUGGUUUGUGGAAGAAUGGAAUCGGCAACCUGCCAUUGCCUCAGAACAGGAACUUAACUGUUGUUUAUGCAGUGAGUAAUGCAGAAGGAGCUGACACAUAUGAAGAUGCAGUCAUGUUCAUUCCUGUUCUUAAUCAGCCUUUGUCUUCUAAUCGCUACUAUGUCAUUCGAAGCAACGGAAAGCGUCAAGGCGAAGCAAGCACAUGUUCAAAAGAAGACGACAUGGGAACAUGUUUGUGUUGUACUUACAUCAAAGACGUCAAACCAAGACCACUAAAUCCUUCUGAUUUGUAUCAACAAUUUGAGAUAAGGAAAAACAGAUGGGGAUUCAAAGGCAAGUCUAUUGUCUCAGAUGGGUUUCCUCCUGAGUUCUUGAGGAGACAAAGUUGGAGCUUGUCAACCAAGACACCACGCCAUUACCAAUUGGGUGAAGCUCUUGGGAUCAACCCCACCUUGCGAGCCCAAUUGCCACCCUUUACUUUCUCAUCAUCACUAUCAUCUUCUGAUCGCUCUGAACCAGUGGUUGCAGGGAAAUGGUACUGCCCUUUCAUGUUUGUGAAGGAAGAAGGAGUGAGUGUGAAGGAGCAGAUGAAGAGGUCAGUUUUCUAUGAAAUGACACUCGAAAGAAGGUGGGACAGAGUUUUCUCAAAGGAAAACGGUGGGAACAGUCAUGAAGUGUUUGUGGAUGUUGUGGCGAAAACUGAAGUUGCACGUCUGAGUGAUGGGAGAGAAGCUGUUUGGGAAGAAGGAAGAGUUGGUGAAGAGGGUGUGAUGUGGCUUCGGAGUUUGGAGAGAGGAGAGAGAAAAGUAGGGUUGAGCAUGGCCAUUGUGGAGAGAAUGAGAUGGGAGGAAGAAAGAAGUGAUUGGGAGGGAAAUAAUGAGAAGAAGCAAGUGAGAUUUGAAAGAGUGGAGAAGUUUGACGGAAUAAGUGGAAUGUGGAGGACUUUUGGAUUCUAUGUGUUAGUAGAAGGCUUUGUGCUGAAGAGAAUGGAUGGAAGCCAGGUCUUGACUUAUGAUUUCAGACACUUAAAUCAUGUAAGGUGCAGUUGGGAAUAAACUUGUCAUCUAGUGGUAUAAUAGCUCAUGAGUACAAGUUUGAUCUCGUUUGUAACCUCAAGUCUUUAAUACCUACCUUUUAAUUAAAAAAAUUAGAUGACAUGGAUAGAGUUCAGUUUUUAUACAUCUAUUUUUAUCUUUCUUCAUGUAUAUAAUUCCACAUAGAAACGCCAUAGUGAUAAAAGCAAGAUAGGAACACAAACAUACUGAUGACGUAUUUGAUUUCUGAAGUUUUUAAUUGAUUAGCUUGGUUUA